UUCUAGCGAGAAGGCGGACUACUCUCCUUUCAUAAGCAUAGGGUCAGUGUCUCUGCCAGGCCAAAGUAGUGUGCCUGUGCGCAUCCUGAGGGAUACAGGGGCUGCACAGUCGGUCCUGUUGGGGGGAGUGCUGCCUCUCUCAGCCAGGACUGCCACAGGAAGUCAUGCACUCGUUAGAGGCAUUGAAAUGGGUUUUAGAAAGUUACCUUUACAUCAUGUCCAGCUUUCCUCUGGCUUAGUCACCGGCCAUGUAGUGGUUGGGGUGUGUGCAUCUCUGCCUGUGCCUGGGGUAGAGUUCAUCCUGGGAAAUGACUUAGCUGGGGGGAGGGUCUGGGAACUCACUAAGGUGGCACCGCCACCCGUUAUGGUAAGCGUUCCACCGGCAUCUGACACGCUUAAUGGGUGCGCAACAAAUUUCCCUCCUAUUUUUCCCAUUUCUGCUGUUCCUACAGCUAAACAGAUACAGGAAGCUGAGGAACAGGAGCGGUUAAGUUGUCGUUCUGAGGUGAUCAGUAAAACUGUUGAAGGUAAGAGGGUUGCUUCUCCAGUCAACAGCCAGACUGGCACAAGAGGGAAAUAUAACCGUGUCAAUGGCCGUUCAGUUGUGGGGACUGAAUCUGGCCCAGUGGAGUUGAUCCACACCGGACCUGGGAAUGGUCAUAGUGUCUCUGACUAUAGGGAGUCAGACACUGAUUAUAGCACUAAGCAGCCUCCUGCUAAUGUGCUGGGCUAUAUCGGUGGCUCUAGGCACCUCUAUCAAACCCGUGCCGCUGCGAAAAAGGCGCUAGCGAAAUCAACGUGUAAGAUGCAGCGCUCUUUCGGUCGCAACGGUGUUUUGAGAAAGGGGAUCGGGUCCUAGCCUUGUUGCCCUUCAGUCCUUUUCGACCUAAUUUAGCUGAUCCCUACACUAUGGGGAAGUGUUGUUUGGAUCACGACUGUUGUAAUUAGCACGCCACACUGUAAAAAAGAGGGGUGCGGCUUGAAUAAAAUGGUUCUGUGACCUGUUCUCCUCUUGUCUCUUCAGUUUUUCAAGGACCCAGGAUGGUGGGGCCCGGAGAUGGGACGGGGUCACGGGGCUCUUUUUUUUUUCAGGUUUCCUGGGAGGAACCUUCUUGGGGAGGGAGGUGUUACGACCCCCUGUGCCCUGCGCACCCUGCCUGCAGUCCCUAUACUGGCCAUAUGGAGGGAGCAGGCUGUGGACCUACAACCAGCAUGAUGAGCAGUGAUUAUCCACACCUGGUGCCAGGAUAUAAAAGCACUGCUACGUCUGAUGGGAGUCCCCUUCUCAGCUUCCGCUACUCUCACACACACUUUUGGCAACGCGCCUACUCACCUACAUACCCACGACACGCAUCCACGCAUCUUUGAGAACGCCUAGACUUUUACCUUGGUCA